AUUUAUUUUUGCUAUAUAUAAUUGUUGUAUAUGUUGAUAUAUCUUUUAAUGGUUAUGGAAUAUAAUUUUUAAACAACAUAUGUUUAUAUUGUUAUUAAUAGCAAAUUGAGUUAUGUACUGAACCUUCACCAUUUCAUGUUCACUAUUAAUAUGUACUUAAAUCCUUAAAUUCCACAUAAUCUGUUCUUUUAAAUAUUUAAACAAAAUUAUCACUUUUACAUUAAUAAGCUAUUUUGUCCUGCGCUAUUUUAGAGAUUAUUAUUAUUAAACCAUACAACACAAUACAAACGCGAAGAUGUUUAAAUCCCCCAAUAAAUUCUACAGCGUUGCCAAGAUCCGCUGUUUUUCUUCUAUUGUUUUAUAAAAUUAUUGAUCCAGAGAUUCUGGCACAUACUUCGCGCGUUUAGAAUCAGUAAUAUAUCGCUCAAUGACUAUCCAGAACCAAUUUAGCGCAAGUGUCUGUCAAAACCCAAUUAUUUACAUCCUACAAUUAAAUAUUUUUUGAUAAAAGAGUUUUAUAAAAUGGGAAAUAAUUUUACCAUAAAUAUGGAAGAAAAUUUUAAGAAAAAUCAAGAUUUCAUUACAGAAAUUAACAAUAUAAAGAUAGAGAGGCAGUUACAAAUGAGAAAUCAGAUGAGGGAAAGGCAGGUAGCUUUGGAAAUAGCCAGACAGCGCGAGUUAUUCUACUGGAUGAGUGCCUUCUAUUUCACAAGUGUUAUAGGAUCCGUAUAUAGUUUCAGGCUCAAGAAAAAGCUUUCUUUGCUUGCACCUUUAGUUCCCUUAACAUUUUUAUACGCGUAUCAAGCUGACUUAGCCUAUGGAAAUAAACUGCACAGAAUUUUAAUUGAAGCUGAGCAUAUAAUGCAGUUUGAAGAGGAUUUAUUAUCGUUGCCUUUAGGAGUGCCUACUGCGUCUUCCAUAGAUUUAAAAAGAAUGCAGAACGACGAACAGAAAAAACUACGUCCUCAUUUGCCACCUCUUUGAGAUAUUAUCUACGACCAAGAGAUAUUAAUGUUAAAAUGGUUUUUCCAUCUUUGAAUUUUACGUGCAGGUGCAGAAGACAGAUUAAGUUUAUAAUCAAAUUAAGUAUAAGAGAAUCAUUCUGCAUGGAUUAUAUACUAUGUUAAAAUAAUUAAUAUUACCUCAUAUCAGAAAGCAUUACACAUUAGCUUUCGAAGCUGGUGUGUACAUAAUUAUUAGUAAUAGCGUUGAAAGUUCUGUAAUAGUGUAAGUGAUAAUAUUAAGUUUUUAUUGGCAUUUUUUAAAAACCAAUUUCAGUAAAUUGAAUAUGUAUGUAAAUUUACGACAAUAUGUCCUUGUCAAUAAUAUUGAAAGUAUUAAACUACAUCCUAUUUUGGA